CAAGAGUAGCAUUUAAGAUGCCAGAGGCCGAAGGAUUGAAAAAGCAGCCAGCAUCACCUUGCCAGCUGCAAAAUCAACGACUCAACACGCACAAGCUGCCCAAAAACCCUGUACGGGCCACUUCUAAGGUGCCAGAGGUCAAAGGCUUGGAAAAUAAGCAGCAACUCCCAAAGCGGUUCACCCAUAACAGAGAGCACAUAUCGCCACGGCCACAAAUUCAAGAUCUACAACCUCAGAACCAACGUGAACAGAUUAACUCCGCACGUCCUCGUUCCCGCAACAGCGGAAGGUCCCGCUUAACUAUUGGUUCUGCGGAAUGGCUGAGCAACAGAAAGUUUCAAAAUAUGCAGAUGCGCAAGACGCCCGACCACUUCUAUCAAUCUGAUCUCUCCAGUAGUACGCAACCUAGCUCUCCAUCACCCCACACUCCUUCUCCUUUUGGUCAGAGUCGUACAUACAAUCGCGGCCACAGCCACAGCUACAGCCACGCUCGACGUAGCCAUCGGCACAGCCAGCACUCUGAGUCUACCACUCCCUUGCACCAGUGUCAUCGAAGCCAGACCUCUACCAGGAGCAACUCACAGCUAUUUGACAGUCGCGCCGGGUCUAAUUGGGUUAUGGAACAGUAUCUCGCGGACGUGGAUUUGAUACAUCUGACUUCAGGGUGUAACCUCUUACCACCACUUGAGCAGGCGAGGGUGCAUCAUGAGAAUGUAAAACAGCAGCGGCUGUGGCAGCAGAGCCAAGAUGAUCGCCAGCAACGUCGCUACUGCGAAAAUAGCCAACCGGACCGCUAUCACCGCUCCAAACACAACAGGCCUGUGCCCGAGCCCGAGCCCGAGCCCGAGCCCAGGAUCGGGCCCACGUCCGAAGCCGCAGAACAAAGCCUGCAAGCCAACGCGUCUGCAAAGCGCGCCGGACAGGGCCCAGUGGUAGGAAUACGCACAGAGUGGCGCCUCUGAUGGAAGGGGCGAAAAUCAAAUCAAACAAAGAACAAGAGCAUUUCAGGAUGAUGCAGGGGAGUGGUGAAGGAAAGGGAGAUUGAGGAUAUGAUUGUGCAUGUGUUUGUGCAUGCGAGUAGUAGUAGUUGUUGUUGUCGCGCGUCUUUGAUGGAUGGAUCGAGUAGGAAUACUCCGUAGGUAGACUUUCGUUAAUGUCAAGUCCGCG